AUGGAUGCCAACACAAAAACAAUUUUAUUUUUUGUAGUGUUCUUCAUCGAUUUAUUUUCCCCUAAUAUUUUAUUCGUUUAUGCUCGUGAAAUCGGCAACAAACCGCUAUUUACAUACAAACAAAAAACAGAGAAAGGACCAGCGGAAUGGGGCAAAUUAGACCCUCAAUGGAAAGUUUGUAGCACCGGAAAAAUUCAAUCUCCGAUUGAUCUCACUGACGAAAGAGUCAGUCUUAUUCAUGAUCAAGCCUUGAGUAAACAUUACAAACCAGCUUCGGCUGUAAUUCAAAGUAGAGGACAUGACGUUAUGGUAUCGUGGAAAGGAGAUGGUGGGAAAAUAACAAUACAUCAAACGGAUUAUAAAUUGGUGCAGUGCCAUUGGCAUUCACCGUCUGAGCAUACCAUUAACGGAACUAGCUAUGACCUAGAGCUUCACAUGGUUCACACGAGUGCUAGUGGCAAAACCACUGUGGUUGGAGUUCUUUAUAAAUUAGGUGAACCUGAUGAAUUCCUCACAAAGAUACUAAAUGGAAUAAAAGGAGUAGGGAAAAAAGAGAUAGAUCUAGGAAUCGUGGAUCCUCGAGAUAUUAGAUUUGAAACCAACAAUUUCUAUAGAUACAUUGGCUCUCUCACUAUUCCUCCAUGCACCGAAGGCGUUAUUUGGACCGUCCAGAAAAGGGUAUUAUAUUUUUUUUGUUUCUGUUAUAGAUUAAUUAUCUUCGUUACACCUUACAUAAACAUUUUUUGGAUUUUUGUUUUUGUAUUUUGGUGUAUGCUAAUGUAA